CUAGUCUUAUCAGCCGCACCCUAGUUCUGUUACUGAUUCUUCCAUUCAGCUCGGUCUGUCAGCCAUGAUGCACGUGGGGAUCCUGUGCGCUCUUUUGGCGAUAGCCACGCCCACAGCUGCAUCCGAGUCCCAGAAGAGAUCAAAUGUGUGCUAUGAUGGUCUGGGAUGUUUCGACACCAACCCGCCGUUCUUCAGCCUGUACCGACCCCUCAACUUCCUCCCACAGUCCCCCCUGCACAUCCACGUCCAGUUCCUUCUGUACACCAGGCUGAACACUGUGAAGGCCCAGUACCUUACUGCUGGUAGUGCCCAGUCAGUGAGGUCGUCACACUUUGAUCCCAAGAAGCCCACCAAGAUGAUCACCCAUGGGUACAUCGAUACAGGAAAGGAACCAUGGCUUCACACAAUGAAAGACGAGUUUCUGAAAAACAACGACUACAACGUGAUCAUCAUCGACUGGGGCGGCGGCUCGGCUCCUCCCUACACUCAGGCCACAGCCAAUACCAGAGUGGUAGGGGCGGUCAUUGCUCAACUCAUUACAUACCUCAAAACCGAGGCAGGGGCUAAACCUGAAGACUUUCAUAUACUCGGACACAGUCUUGGAGCCCACGUUGCAGGCUAUGCAGGGGAGAGAAUCCAGUACGUGGGCAGAAUCACAGGGCUGGACCCAGCUGAUCCGUACUUCCAGAACACAGCCACCAAAGUGAGGCUCGACCCCACGGAUGCCCUGUUUGUAGAUGUCAUCCACACCGACGGCGAAUCCAUUCUCAAACUGGGCUAUGGGAUGCGGCAGGCGUGUGGACACGUGGACUAUUUCCCUAAUGGCGGAAUGACACAGCCAGGUUGUGACAAGGGUCCCGUCACUCAAAUCAACAUUGGUGGAUUAGCGGAAGGUGUGAAACAGUUCGUGGCCUGCAACCACCUACGUUCAUACGCACUAUUCACGGAAUCCAUCAACUCCAAGUGCCCCUUUGAAGGCUUCAAAUGCAACAGCUAUGACGAUUUCAAUAACGGCAGAUGCAUACCUUGUAGCGGGAUGGGGUGUGGCUACAUGGGUUUCCAUGCCGAUCGUGUAAAGCCAACCGGUCAUCAGACCUUGGUGAAGUACUUCCUCAAGACUAGUGGAGACGGACCAUUCUGCCGCUACCAUUACCAAGUAAAACUGUCCUUUGGCAAGCCUGCCGCCGCGCGGACAGAGCGAGGCAACCUGUUUGUAACACUUACGGGCAGUAAGGGCCAGAGCGGAGAGAUCCAACUGACCAGCAGUGACAUAGACUUGAUCCCCGGCCACACGUUCACUUUCGUUGUGACGUCAGAGUUAAACCUUGGCGACAUCUCGCGGAUUACCGUCAAGUGGAAACAUGCUUCUUAUUGGUACAAGCCCCUUGACUGGAAUCCGCUUGGUCUGCGACAUCCAUAUAUCUUCCUGGACAAUGCUGUCAUUGCUAGUGGCGAAGAAGCGAAGUCAGUCCAUAUCUGCGGCCACAGUAUGCCCGUCCCAGACAACACCCCGAAACAGCUGAGUCAGCUAUGUUGAUCUCUGCUUUCUCUGUUUGGCAUUUAUGUUUGAAAUGAAAUGGAAUAAAAACAAGGGUUGUA